UCAUUUUCCAGGCUGCUCGCAAGGGAGUCCGCUGAAGGCGCAGACUUCGCUCUUUCUCUGUCUUUUCUGACUCUGGCCCAGGGUUCCCGAGGCUCAACUGCUGCUCCACCGCUGAGGACAGCCCUGUCUCAGGAAGGAACCAUGAAAGAGGGAGCAAGCACCAAGCCUGGUCAUUCCCUGACUGUGACACUUUUACUUCUCCUGAGCUUCCUGCAAACCACGCUGUCCCAUGAUGCAGACACUCUAAACUGCAUACUCCCUGUCAAGUCUCGUACCACAGCUGGACAAUGCUCAUUGAAUGGACAGACUCUCCUUCAGUAUGGUAACAGCAAUGAAGACACACUUUUGCGUAAACUGGAGAAGGAGGGAAAAGCCAUUCAAGUGUGCACAAUUUUGCCAGACAGCUUAAAAGAGUUUUUAGAAGAGAAAUGCCCGGAAUCAGGGUUAUUCCCGCCCACAGGAGAUCACACGAUGAAUGUCACCAUGCAGUCUCAAUACGAACAAGGAGACCUCAUUGGUGCCCACUGGGCCUUCACCAUUGAUGGAAAGCAUACCUACAACUGUUAUGUAACAAAAGAGACUUGCAGGUGUAGUCCUCAUGAUGCAGGCAGUGCUGGGAUACAAUGGGAGCACCUAAAAGAAGCCCUCAGAAAGCUCUCUGAAGGAAAUUUCAGAGAUUGCCUCAAGAAAUUGCCCACACCCUUGAGGAAAGAGCCAAGACCAAAAGUAAAUUCUCAGGAUACUACCCAGCUUAGCUCUGCCACCCCGAUUCCACGUACUGUGAAUACCACACAACCUACAUCUGCCAGCGAGCAUCAACACACCAGCUGGAUUCUGUAUCUAUCACCUUUGAUCAUUCUAUUGAUCAUCCUAGUGGUCUUUGCAGUUGCCUGGAUUGUGAAGAAAAGAGGUGCUCCCUGCUGCUCCUCUAGCUCUGUAGUCUGAUCUACAGUUGUCAUCAGCAGCUGUGUUGGGUGACUCUGAACACUGCCUGUGGCUUCUUCAGCAAAGGAGCAAACGUAUUUCUGAUGGUAUCUCUGAAAUCUGUGCUGCUGAGUUCCAGACUGGUGGGAAACCAGGAGACUGAUGGCAUCAGAGCCUCAUGCACCAAGGCAUCACAGUGCAAUAGGCUGCUGCCAUCAGGGACUCACUGUUUUGUUCCUUUUUCGUUCUUGUUCUCACUUAAUUGCUUUGUGGACAGCAAGCUGGGCCUGGCUCUAAAUUACCCAUCACUGUCUCAAACAGUGACCUGCCCCGGGUGACUCCAUUUGCCUCCCCUCUCAGUGAAAAGCAGAUAUUGCUUGUCAUGACAACUCACUCUUUACAGACACACGCCCUGCCCAGGACCACCCGUGAUUCAAAGGCUGAGACCUAACUUAACCCUAAAGGAAAAGGUGUCACCUGUACACUUACCAGAACAGGUUGGAAGCAGUGAGCACAUGUGCAUAUGAAAACCACAUCAGAGAUCCAGGACUGAGGAUUUGGCUCACCCUCACCUGGACCCUGAACAGGCCACCUAACCCUGCAAUGGUUAUGGCCCCACAAGCUUGCCAUGUGGUUGCCUGAAGGAGCCUGCAGGCAGAGAACUCCUGGCCAUCUGAAGGCUUCAGCUUCACCCAAGGGCAUUAAUACCUCCUAUUUGCAUCACUUUCUGACAGUUCCUCUGCUGCUCCAUGCUAAUGUGGUCCUGCUCCUCACCGCUAAGCUGCACUCAGUCCUGAGGCUGGCACAGCCCUGCAGCCCUGCAGGCCCUAACAGCUCCUCUGCGUUGAGUCUCUCUGUGUUUACUGUCCCUCUGUCUCUGCCUCCAGUCUGGUCUCUUUAAACUCUAAUGGCAACUCCUUCACCCCCUGGAAGCCAUUCAGUAAUCUAAGCGUAUGUGAUGCAUACACUUAUAUGUGUAUUAUAAUGUGUGAUCUGAGAGUUUAUAGCAGUAACUAAGACUGGAGUAAAGUAGCCCGUGUGGGCCAGCAGACAGUUAUCAAAGGACUUCUUGGCAGUUACAGCCAGUGAAUUGGAUAGAGCUUAUAAAUUAAUACUAACAUGUGAGCACUAAUUUCAUAGCUCACGUAUUCAGGGUUUCAUUCGUAUUAUAGGAGUUCAGUGAGUACACAGUCCAUUGGCAAUGAAACUGCAAAUACAUAUUUUCUCAGACAAAUGAAACAUCCAGUUAUAAAAAUAAAAUUCAGCAUCCCUACCAAACUAAGACUUGCUCCCCUGACCCAGCGCCUGCCUUGCUCCACAGUGUCAUCCCCCACUGUUCAGGAUGAUGUCUGACCAAGGUGCUAGUCACAGGGAGCUUCCAUCCAGCUUCUCAGGACGAGAGGGUUAGCAAAAUAAAUAAUAAAUCAGAAAAAGUGAGCAAACCUCAGAUCACACAUGUAUAAGUGUUUAUAUAUAGGAUGAUAUCGAAUUAUCCUGUGGUGAAAGAAAACUACAAAGAUGUUAGCUCAGGUGAGAAAGAUAAGUAACAGGUUAAAAAGUCCUAAAAUAGUGCUGCCUGCAACGAUGACAGUACACACAGAGCACAGAGCUCGGAAAACGGGACACUAGCAGUCCAGAGGGUGCUGUCAUGACAGGAACUACAGGGGGCCAUGGCCAGGCAUAGACAUGAGAUAUUCAGCAGACCAAAAUGAUGUAAACAUUUUAGUGAGGAGCACAGACAAAGAGCUAACUCAGUCGGAUAACGGAUAACGCUUUGGUUGGUUGGUAUUGGUCCCCACAAGCAUGAGGACCUGGGUUCCCUCCUCAGAACCCAUGUCCACUGUGGUGGCACAUGCCUGUGUUCCCAGUGUAGGGGACAGAGGGGGAGAAGUUCAUCUCUGCGAAUUUCUCGUCAGCCAGACUAGAUGAACUGGGGAGUUCCAGUACAGACUGGCUAUGAACACAGUCCGCAUGGCAUCUUGGGGAAUGACACCCAAACUUAAUGUCUAGAAUCCGUAUGUACGAGUAUACGAGCAAGCACACACGUGUGUACAUGCCCGAACAAGGUAGACACUGGGGGCCACACUAAGCACGUGACUCCUCAGGAGACAAUACUCCUGAGAGCGUGUGGAACUUCUUAAUUCUAGGAACAAGAUGCUCCCUGGCCUUGUCUCUGCGCCAUUUGUAUAUCUGCGGUUGAAUAGAGAAGAGGGGAAGAGGGAGCUCUUAGCUGUCUUCUCAGAUAAUAAGUGUCAAAGCACCAUUGCUCAGCACUGGCCUGAGGUGCCCAGGUAGGGUAGAAUUCAUCCUCUACUUGUAUGAGGUGUCAUGAGGAACUGGAUCAGACUCCAAGCAUUAGAGUCAGGUCAUUAGCAGAGGACAUUUUGAUUUAAUUUUGAGGGAGGAAGCCUUUGAGUCUGCAUUUCUGCCCUCACAGAUCGGCAGAUCAUUCAUGGUGUAGAUGGAUUCUUUUUGGAGGGCUUUAUUGGUGAGAAUAGAGCACUGAGCGCUCAGCCUGAGGUUGCUUGGCUGGCAUAGGAUCAUAAGACCACAAAACUUAAGAAGGACUUGAACUACGUUUUGGAGAGGAAAAGGGUGAUUGUUGAAUGAGCUUGAAGGCCAGACUGACAUCACUUAGAGGUCAAGAGGGCCUCAGGGCUGACAGUUGUGUCAGUGAGUUGAGAAGCAGUGCACUGGAGUAGAGUUGUGGCAGUUCAGUUCACACAAUUCAGAGAAGCUUUACUGGGAGUGUUUCACAGAGACAGGCUGAAGAGAGAAUAAGCCAGACACAGGCAAACAGCAGGAGGAUCCAGAGAAUGAAAAGUAGCCAGAAGAUUGGAACAGAUUGCUAGAGUUAGUUUGAGGCCAAGCAGGGCAACUCAGCGAGAAGCUGAGAAGCCAGUUUGAAUCUUUAGCUUAGAAAGGAGUUGGAGAGAGAAGAGCUGAGCUGAACCACCCAGCAAGAGUUCAGAAAGAACUAAAACGGGUGAACUUUAAUAGUAAGGCUCAGAGGCUGAAAACUUUCUAAGCCUCCAUUAGACUGUAGGGAGGGUCAAUCUUAUCUAACAAGAUAAGAUAUUAUGAAGCUUCCAGCACUAGGCCUAGGUUAGUAGAUGGAGGCAAGAAGCCUCAGACACAACAAUUAUAUCUGGUGAAUAAAAGUCACUUUUACUUUAAGUGUUGGUGUAGAUGCUAGUGACAGAUAGCCCUGCCACAAUACUAUCUCCAUUUUAAUGGCUUAUGACCUAUAAGAUAAAGAUCAUACUGGAAGAUUAAGUGAGACUGGCCAAAAAUACCACAGAGGUAAAACAAGAAAUAGCUGUGAGCAGGAAAAAAAGAAUUGUAAGUGACGGUGUGAAACCUUCUUUUGGAGGUCUCAGGACAGGGAGGAAAGAUGAUAAUAGUGACUGAGGAGAAGGAACCCUAGAAAUGUAGAAGUAAGGGAUUUUUUUAAAUUAAUUAUAGUUUAUUCACUUUGCAUCCCAGCUGUAGGCCCCUCCCUCAUCCCUUUCUAACCCUAACCUCAUCUCCUCCCAUACCCCUCCACAAGCCCACUGAUAAGGGAGGUCCUCCACCCCUCCCUCUGACCCUAGCCUGUGAGGUGUCAUAAGGGGUUUUUAACUUGACCUCAGAUUCUGGUUACUCAUUAGAGUCUGGAGGUGUUUACUAGUAUGUUGUAACAAACUUUCACUAAAAGAAUGAACAAAAGUCUCCAAGAGGCUCCUAGAAACCAGCUGUUUAAGCCUUUGUAGGUUAAGUGCUCUUACUUUUUCUCAGGUGAACCCACAGUGACAGGCCUUGUACAGCUGAGGAUGAGCAGGACCUGAUAGGAGCUGUCCAGACAUCCCCAUGGCCCUGCUUUCUGUGGAAGAAAUUUAAGGUGAACUUAAUCCCCUGGUUUAAUACCUGGAGAUGAUCCUGGAAACAUGGAGUCAGAGCUUGAACUGUACUUAUCCUAUAUUAAAUGACAGCCUCGAUCACAGACAGAGUUCACAAGAGGUCAGUGUGGAGAAAAAGCCCAUGGUGCAGGCUUCAAAGGGGUUGCUAGACUUAGAGUGGGCAAUAAUUCACGAUCACAAAUGAAGAUUGAUUAGGAUGUAGAGAGCUUUAGGAACUUCAGUUCUCCCAGUUGAGCAAGGUCCUGAUGAGAAUUCUGGCGUAGGUAUUUAAUUUUCCAUUAUUUUGAUGUGCUUUUUUGUUGACUGUUUACGACUGUAUAGGUGACCACCAGCUUCUUGUUAUUGUUGACAGCUGUAUCUCUUCAGGGGUUACUUUUAGAGGUGUUGGAGAGUUUUCUGAGACCCUUGUUUUCAGUUUUUCUCCACCUGUUAUCUGCUGAACAAAGGGCAUUUUUCUGUGAAAUGACCUAAAGCUCAAACUCUGGGCUCUCCAUGGCCUCUGAGAAGGUUCAGAGCCUUUUAGUGCCGCUCCUUUGUCCUCUACCCUUGGACAUGGCCAACCAGGAGGUAAAGUGACAAUAUCAGCUGUCAGUCCAGCCCUUGAUCCCAUGACUAUUGGAAACUCAGAAAGGCAGUUACAUCAGACUUGAAAAACAGAUACUGGCUUUUAGUCUGAUAUAUAUGACGUCGUGAGUGACCAGCUCACAGCCCAGGAUAACUAUGAAUGCAGCCAUAUCAAAUUUAGGGACAUCCUUAACAUAUUAUGAGGCAGUUUUGAAAAUAUUUUAAGUAACUUGAUUGUACAGUUCUCAAGCGUGAAUUAUGGAGAUAACUUGGUGACACAACAUCAAAAGAGUAGAUGCAUUUGAUGAACAAAUGUUGACUAAAACAGAUUUUAAAUCAUCUUGACUCUCAUAAGCCUUCAUUGUUAAGAAGUUAAAGUCCUGACAAACUCAGAAGUAAUUACAAGCAAUUUUCUUCACAAACCAUAAAUGUAGUUAAACAAGCUUUUUUUUUUAACUAUACAGCUUUAAAUUAACUGUCACAAACCUUGUGACAAACAAAAUUUCUGCUUUUUCACAAUCUUUAGCAAUCCUUUAGGAUGGAAUUCAUUUGUCAUAGAAAUCCUUCUUACCCAUAAGCAUAUUCUCUCCAUCAGAAAUACGACUCUCUGUCUAUAUAAGCCAUCACCAUCUCUUUCUUGGCUGCUUCUUUCCUUUGCUAAAUGCCUGACAUAAUUUAGGAUUCUUGUUUUCCUGGAAGAUAUAAAACCCUAAACACAGCAAACCUCAUCAUGUUUCGUCUUUUACAAUAGGUUUAGAUGAUCAAUAUUAUCAAAUCAUUGGUUAAUGUUUUUUUUUCACACUUAGCUUCACUAAGUUGGUGAGAUUGUUUGUAUAAUGCUGAUAUUUUCUUUUUUCUUCACAAAUUUAAAGCAAUCCAAUGUGUAGGCCUUGCUUCUGUAUUAGGAAUUAAAGGAUUUGAACUAAA